UGCCAUGGCAGUCAGUUCAUACGUAACUUCUUUCUUGUUCCUAAAUCAAGUCGUCAACUUCAUCUAUUGAGAUCCAGGCUGAGUCUCCGCGGUGGUUGCAGUCCCGUCACAGCGCAGCUUAAUGGCAUGGCAGUUAUAGCAUUGUUUGGCUAUGCUGCAGCAGAACUACAUACUGUUUCAGUCUGAAUGCUCAAUUUGUCCGGUAUCCUCGAUUUUUCCCCUCACCUCCUCUCUUCGGCCACGAGCAUGUGAGCUGCUCAGAUCAAGCCCCUGACAUCUACCAGCACCGGAAGGUUUUCGCCCAAGUGUAUACACUGCCAACCUAUUCAUUGCUCUUGACAGCGUUGUGGAGGCAAGCAUCAACACUGUGCUAGAAUGCUGAGAUUUUCGCUUGUCGUUCUAUUCUGGACACAAAGGUUUGUUGCUGCAUCCCUUCUGCAUGGCAAGGACUUAGAGCUGGAGCUACAGGCGGAGGCGGAGGCGUUGUCUUCCAAGGGCAUACGGGUUCCACCUGCACCUCAGCCUCCGCUCAUGUUUGGAAAAGCAGGACUGGUCAAACGAGCUUGGCCGGAAUUGCGUUUUGAAAGUGUGGACGUUGCCAAGGCGAAGUUGAGGCAAUCGGGCGUGAUGAAUAUCUACGUUCUUCCCCCAGGAGCUGAUCCGGCUCCCACGGGCUUUGCUGUUGUCAAUGGCACGGAUCAGGAUGUCUGGCUCUACCCCACUGGCCCGUCUGAUCUCGACAUUCUCUACGAAAUUCCUGGGCGCGGGUUGUGGCAUCACAAUCGAUUGGAUCCCGGUUGGCCAGAGUUGGUAGGGCAGGAGUAUCUUACAGCCAUCGACCAGAUAACGAACGACAUUUUAGGAGUGACUGUGCUCUACGGUCCUGCCGGGCAGCCACGUAUGCUUGACCUUCGACUCGACCGUGUCUACGUUGAUGUUACAGCGUCUGGCACGGUGGCCACGAUUCCGUUCGUUGGUUAAUGCUGAUUGUCUUUCCCACGAACCUUGGCUCCGCUUUUCCAAACGUCUAUACGACGUUCGACUGAGGUCUGAGCCUUGUCUUGGAUGCUUCCCAAACAUGUCCAAGUCAACGCCCAGUCGGCAAUUAUUUACUUAAAUUUACUUUCUCACUUCUGGGCUUUCUAGUCAUACAAUCCAAAUUUCAUGUAACUUCCACGAUUGUUUCCACGAGACAAUAAAAUUGAUAGCGUAUCUCUUUAAAAGA